CAAGAGCCCUUCCCACAAACACGGCAAAUUAGUUGGGUUUUCACAGUUCUCAAGACACUAAGCAACAGUGAGGAAUCUUCAAGUUAGCAAGUUUUUCUCUACCGCCACGAUGAAGGACUUUCUUGUCGUCAGUCUCGUCUUGACCGCAUACAUCUUAUCGGACUCCGUGGGACAACCAGACAAUCAAGAUGGCGCGGGGAUACAGAUGAGCUAUACAAUAUCCAACGGUAACAGCAGCUCGGUGGAUCCCCAACCGGCCGUCAACACCUCCACAGGGGCCCACACGAAUGUCGGGGUGUGGAGGGCUAGAUACAGAGGCCACGGACAUGGCCGCAACGAGUCAGGGCGGGGCGGCGCAUUGCGACGGUACCGUCUGAGGCAGCAUCGCAGACGACGACCACGGCUGAACCUCACGGCGUCAGCGUAUCCACAUAGUCAAGGCCGACGACCACAACGACUCGGAAACGUCCAAAGACGCGCCGAGCAGCUUCGUAGACAGGGUGGAACACGGCGUCUUGUCGCGACCGGGUCUCACACUCUUUCGACCGGAACCAGAACAAACACAGGGGGCGUGGAUCCUUUCAUGGCACUCCAGAAUGGACACAGACAAACCGGGCCUUUCCAGGAUAGACAGACAGCUUACGACUUUCUUAGCAAUGGCGGCAACAGUUUCAGACUCCGAAACGAGAACCAACGAGAACGUCGCGACGAGAACGCGCGAAUGGCUUCCGUUAUGUGCGGCGUGUUCGGCAAACAGUUCGUCCCGAGCGCUAUUGGCGGCAGGUGCGUGGAUCCGGCCUAGAUACCACGUGAUAUUAAUGCACACCUAUGUAUAAUUAAAAUUUGUUGUUAUUUGUGUACAGACGGUGGGAUAGCUCAAACAAUCGACUGUCUGGAGGUCGUGACGGCAGGAAUGAAAUCUUUCAUGCAUAAUGUGUAUAUAUUGCUAGAUAAAGGCUACGAUAUUUAGUUUAAACGUGUUUAUGGACACUGUUCGUGCAAUGUAAUAUCUAUCACUACCUAUCACUGAGGAACCGAUGUUAAAAUCAUAAAUUUAAUAGGAAAUAUUGCCCGAUUUAUGGGGCACGGUACCUGAUUUUGAUUGUUUUCGAUUGGAUGUUAUUAUUUCACGGGUCUUAAUUAUAUACCCCAGUGGUAACAACCGAGGGUAAAACGAUCGAGGCCACGAUGAUCCUUUAAAUUGAAACGCUUGACAUUAGAGCACAGAUGGCUCUCAAACCUUUAACACAAAGCGAUCUUAGCCUAUGUUAAAGUAUGGGAGUUACGAUCAUCUUGGCUCUAAGAUCGCUUUGUGCAAGUGGGCCCAGGUUCUGUCAACUUUGCAAGGCUCUGUUCAGGAUUACUGGUAUGUGACGAGAAUUGCAUUGGGGAAGUCCAUGUACAUACAUAUAUACUACUAAAAACGUUUUCGAUUCUUUCUGACUCGUUCUGUACGAUUCUUUCAUAUUACUAUAAGAUUCUUUCAUUUUACUGUGGUUAAUAUGUCGUGUCAGGACAGUACAGUACAGUAAUAUGAAAGAAUCGAGUGAUCUGUAAGUUAUUGUGAGUAGUAUACUAAAAAGCCAUGGUAUUGAUGUAGUAUAUUAACAAGCCAUGGUAUUGAUGUAGUAUACUAACACGCCAUGGUAUGGAUGUAGUAUACUUACAAGCCAUGGUAUGGAUGUAGUAUACUAACAAGCCAUGGUAUGGAUGUAGUAUACUAACAAGCCAUGGUAUGGAUGUAGUAUACUAACAAGCCAUGGUAUGGAUAUAGUAUACGAACAAACCAUGGUAUGGAUGUAGUACACUAACAAACCAUGGUAUGGAUGUAGUAUACUAACAAACCAUGGUAUGGAUGUAGUAUACUAACAAGCCAUGGUAUGGAUGUAGUACACUAACAAGCCAUGGUAUGGAUGUAGUAUACUAACAAGCCAUGGUAUGGAUGUAGUAUACGAACAAGCCAUGGUAUUGAUGUAGUAUACUAACACGCCAUGGUAUGGAUGUAGUAUACUAACAAGCCAUGGUAUGGAUGUAGUAUACGAACAAGCCAUGGUAUUGAUGUAGUACACUAACAAGCCAUGGUAUGGAUGUAGUAUACUAACAAGCCAUGGUAUGGAUGUAGUACACUAACAAGCCAUGGUAUGGAUGUAGUAUACUAACAAGCCAUGGUAUGGAUGUAGUAUACGAACAAGCCAUGGUAUGGAUGUAGUAUACGAACAAGCCAUGGUAUGGAUGUAGUAUACUAACAAACCAUGGUAUGGAUGUAGUAUACUAACACGCCAUGGUAUGGAUGUAGUAUACUAACAAACCAUGGUAUGGAUGUAGUAUACUAACAGGCCAUGGUAUGGAUGUAGUAUACUAACAAGCCAUGGUAUGGAUGUAGUACACUAACAAGCCAUGGUAUGGAUGUAGUAUACUAACAAGCCAUGGUAUGGAUGUAGCAUACGAACAAGCCAUGGUAUGGAUGUAGUAUACUAACAGGCCAUGGUAUUGAUGUAGUAUACUAACAAGCCAUGGUAUGGAUGUAGUAUACUAACAAACCAUGGUAUGGAUGUAGUAUACUAACAAGCCAUGGUACGGAUGUAGUAUACUAACAAGCCAUGGUAUGGAUGUAGUAUACUAACAAGCCAUGGUAUGGAUGUAGUAUACGUACAAGCCAUGGUAUGGAUGUAGUAUACUAACAGGCCAUGGUAUUGAUGUAGUAUACUAACAAGCCAUGGUAUGGAUGUAGUAUACUAACAGGCCAUGGUAUGGAUGUAGUAUACUAACAAGCCAUGGUAUGGAUGUAGUAUACUAACAAACCAUGGUAUGGAUGUAGUAUACGUACAAGCCAUGGUAUGGAUGUAGUAUACUAACACGCCAUGGUAUGGAUGUAGUAUACUAACAAACCAUGGUAUGGAUGUAGUAUACGUACAAGCCAUGGUACGGAUGUAGUAUACUAACAAGCCAUGGUAUGGAUGUAGUAUACUAACAAGCCAUGGUAUGGAUGUAGUAUACUAACAAGCCAUGGUAUGGAUGUAGUAUACUAACACGCCAUGGUAUGGAUGUAGUAUACUAACAAACCAUGGUAUGGAUGUAGUAUACGUACAAGCCAUGGUACGGAUGUAGUAUACUAACAAGCCAUGGUAUUGAUGUAGUAUACUAACAAGCCAUGGUAUGGAUGUAGUAUACUAACAAACCAUGGUAUGGAUGUAGUAUACGUACAAGCCAUGGUACGGAUGUAGUAUACUAACAAGCCAUGGUAUGGAUGUAGUAUACUAACAAGCCAUGGUAUGGAUGUAGUAUACGUACAAGCCAUGGUAUGGAUAUAGUAUACGAACAAGCCAUGGUAUGGAUGUAGUACACUAACAAGCCAUGGUAUGGAUGUAGUAUACUAACAGGCCAUGGUAUUGAUGUAGUAUACUAACAAGCCAUGGUACGGAUGUAGUAUACUAACAGGCCAUGGUAUGGAUGUAGUAUACUAACAAGCCAUGGUAUUGAUGUAGUAUACUAACAAGCCAUGGUAUGGAUGUAGUAUACUAACAAACCAUGGUAUGGAUGUAGUAUACGUACAAGCCAUGGUACGGAUGUAGUAUACUAACAAGCCAUGGUAUGGAUGUAGUAUACUAACAAGCCAUGGUAUGGAUGUAGUAUACGUACAAGCCAUGGUAUGGAUAUAGUAUACGAACAAGCCAUGGUAUGGAUGUAGUACACUAACAAGCCAUGGUAUGGAUGUAGUAUACUAACAGGCCAUGGUAUUGAUGUAGUAUACUAACAAGCCAUGGUACGGAUGUAGUAUACUAACAGGCCAUGGUAUGGAUGUAGUAUACUAACAAGCCAUGGUAUGGAUAUAGUAUACUAACAAGCCAUGGUACGGAUGUAGUAUACUAACAAGCCAUGGUAUGGAUGUAGUAUACUAACAAGCCAUGGUACGGAUGUAGUAUACUAACAAGCCAUGGUAUGGAUGUAGUAUACUAACAAGCCAUGGUACGGAUGUAGUAUACUAACAAGCCAUGGUAUGGAUGUAGUAUACUAACAGGCCAUGGUAUGGAUGUAGUAUACUAACAAGCCAUGGUAUGGAUAUAGUAUACGAACAAGCCAUGGUAUGGAUAUAGUAUACGAACAAGCCAUGGUAUUGAUGUAGUAUACUAACAAGCCAUGGUAUUGAUGUAGUAUACUAACAAGCCAUGGUAUGGAUAUAGUAUACGAACAAGCCAUGGUAUUGAUGUAGUAUACUAACAAGCCAUGGUAUGGAUGUAGUAUACUAACAAGCCAUGGUAUGGAUGUAGUAUACUAACAGGCCAUGGUAUGGAUGUAGUAUACUAACAAGCCAUGGUAUGGAUGUAGUAUACUACAAGCCAUGAUAUGGAUGUAGUAUACUAACAAGCCAUGGUAUGGAUGUAGUAUACUAACAAGCCAUGGUAUUGAUGUAGUAUACGUACAAGCCAUGGUAUUGAUGUAGUAUACUAACAAGCCAUGGUAUGGAUGUAGUGUUCUAACAAGCCAUGGUAUUGAUGUAGUAUACUAACAAGCCAUGGUAUGGAUGCACAACGAUUUAUUUAACUUGUUGUGUGAAGUGUUGGUGCAGUUUGAUAAAGGUGGAAAUAUUUGCAUCGAAACGUCUCACGUGUAAAUAAUAACAGUGUCCUGCAUAGAGAUGCAUUGCUGCAUCAGAUACCUUGACUUUUGUUUUUGUAUCGUCAUUGCCUCUGUUGACACGCGCAUACUUACGACAUACUCAUACUAAAUAUACCUCAUGUAUUAAAACGUUUACACUGA